AUGGAGGAGAGGCGCUAUCGCUCGGCGUCGGGGGCGCCGCUGGCGCUGCGGUGCCGCCAGCAUAGCGCUUCCUGCCGGGAGCUGGCCGUGCGCUGCCCCCGCCUGCAGCUCCGCUCGCUCAGCGCCGUCACCUCCGCCGUCUGGCUGGCGGCCUACGGGCUCUUCGCGCUCUGCCAGAAUAGUAUGGUGCUUUCUGCUGCUAUAUUCCUCACGCUGAUCGGCCUCAUCAUCUACCUGCACUUUGUGAAAAUUGACCAGGAAUCCCUACUGGUCAUCGGCUCACUUGGCAUUCAGGUGACUUCAUCUUACGCUUCAGGGAAGGAGAGCACAACCUUCAUUGAGAUGAGCCAAGUGAAGGAUGUGGUUAUCAAUGAAGCCAUCCAUAUGCAGAAAGUUAUCUAUUACCUGUGCAUCCUCCUGUGCGACCCUCAGGAUCCUCAGGGAGUGUCUGAGGUUGUGCCACUCUUUCAGAGUUCCAAACCACGUCUGGACUGCUUGAUAGAAGUGUACAAAAGUUGUCAUGAAAUCCUGGAUCAGAGAAAAACAGCUUCACAACCAGAUGGAGUAAAAUAAUAAAUACUCAAGAUGGAUAACUUGCAGCAGGACUUGGAGAGAUGUAUGGAAAAGCAAGCAAAUCUGACCUAUGGCUCUUUAAAAUUAAAUGUUUAGAAUAUGAUGCAGUUGUAAGAAUGACAUUAUAGAUAACAGCCCACACAGACUCACAGAGCUGUUAUAGAAGAUGUCAGCUGAAGUGCACAAGUGAACCUAGAAAUUGACUGUUAUGAAAAACAGGUGAGCAACACUUAGAGUCAAACAGAAGAGGUUUUUCCAUGCAUCUAUGGAAGAAGUUAUUGGAAGGGGAGACAAAAAUAUGCAGCAAAUAUUUAUUCUUUCAUGGAUCCGAGAUUUCUGACAAAAACAAAUUGUAACCUUGGGAAGACAGAAAAAAAUACUUUUUUUUUUUUUUUUUUUUUUUUUUUUUUAAGUUUCUUUGUAAUCCUUUCUUGGAAAGAGUAUCAAAACAAAGGUGGGCUGGCUCAGUAAGUUUUCCUGAUCCAAUGGGGAAUUUCAGAUAGAGAAUGACAGAAAAUGAGAAUAUACUGUUGCUUUGAUUUAUAUUUAUGGAAUUAAGCAUAGCAGAGGAUACUGUAGUUUCUUCAGCAAUCUGCUUGAAAAAAAGUCCCAUGGUAUGGGAC